CCCCGGCUCCGCCUCCCCGCCCCAGCGCGGCCCGGCCUGCCCUCGCGUGAUGGCGGCCGCCGCUGAGGAGCCGUUCCCUUUCCACGGCCUCCUGCCCAAGAAGGAGACCGGUGCCGCCGCCUUCCUUGCCCGCUUCCCCGAUUUCGACGGCCGGGGGGUGCUGCUGGCCGUGCUCGACACCGGCGUGGACCCGGGGGCGCCGGGCAUGCAGAUUACAACUGAUGGGAAGCCCAAGAUAGUUGAUAUAAUUGAUACAACGGGCAGUGGUGAUGUAACUACAUGUACCAUUGUAGAACCUAAAGAUGGGGAAAUUAUUGGUCUUUCUGGAAGAUCCUUAAAGAUUCCAGCAAACUGGGUAAAUCCUUCAGGCAAAUACCACAUUGGCAUAAAAAAUGGUUAUGACAUCUAUCCUAAAGCUCUUAAAGAGAGGAUUCAGAAGGAACGCAAGGAAAAGCUCUGGGAUCCUCUUCACAGACUGGCUCUAGCAGAGGCCUGCAGGAAACAAGAGGAAUUUGAUGCUGCUCAUAGUUCUCCCUCCCAAGUAAAUAAGCUAAUAAAGGAGGAACUUCAAAAUCAAGUGGAACUGUUGAAUUCUUUUGAGAAAAAAUAUAGUGAUCCUGGCCCAGUAUAUGAUUGUUUAGUAUGGAAUGAUGGUGAGACCUGGAGAGCCUGCAUAGAUACAACUGAGAGUGGUGACUUAACCAGCUGUACAGUGUUGAGAACCUACAAAGAGGCUCAGGAGUAUGGAUCUUUUGGAACAUCUGAAAUGUUGAAUUAUUCCGUGAAUAUAUAUGAUGAUGGAAACCUUCUUUCCAUUGUGACAAGUGGAGGAGCACAUGGAACACACGUGGCUAGUAUCGCAGCUGGGUACUUUCCAGAAGAACCAGAACGAAAUGGUGUGGCUCCUGGAGCUCAGAUUCUUGCAAUCAAGAUUGGUGAUACAAGACUAAGUACAAUGGAAACUGGCACUGGUCUAAUAAGAGCUAUGAUAGAAGCAAUAAAAUACAAAUGCGAUCUUGUCAACUAUAGCUAUGGAGAGGCAACACAUUGGCCAAAUUCUGGGAGAAUUUGUGAAGUAAUUAAUGAAGCAGUGUGGAAACACAACGUAAUCUAUGUUUCAAGUGCAGGAAAUAAUGGCCCUUGCCUUUCUACAGUCGGAUGUCCUGGUGGCACUACAUCUAGUGUAAUAGGUGUUGGUGCCUAUGUGUCACCUGAUAUGAUGGUUGCUGAAUAUUCUUUGAGAGAAAAACUACCAGCAAAUCAGUAUACUUGGUCAUCCAGAGGGCCUAGCACUGAUGGAGCCCUUGGAGUAAGUAUCAGUGCCCCUGGAGGUGCUAUUGCUUCUGUUCCAAACUGGACUCUGCGAGGAACACAACUCAUGAAUGGCACAUCCAUGUCUUCUCCCAAUGCAUGUGGAGGCAUUGCAUUAGUACUGUCAGGACUCAAAGCUAAUGAUAUUCAUUACACUGUUCAUUCUGUCAGAAGAGCCUUAGAAAAUACUGCAGUGAAAGCUGAAAACAUAGAAGUAUUUGCACAAGGACAUGGUAUUAUUCAGGUUGAUAAAGCCUAUGACUACCUCAUUCAGAAUUCAUCAUUCACAAGUAACAUAGGCUUUACUGUUACUGUUGGAAGCAAUCGUGGAAUCUACCUCAGAGACCCUGCCCAGAUAACUGCACCUUCUGAUCACGGGGUUGGCAUAGAACCUGUCUUUCCUGAGAAUACAGAAAACACUGAAAGAAUAUCUCUCCAGCUUCAUUUAGCUUUAACUUCAAAUGCACCAUGGGUCCAGUGCCCUACUCAUUUAGAGCUUAUGAACCAGUGUCGACACAUAAAUAUUCGUGUGGAUCCACGUGGACUGAGAGAAGGAGUACAUUAUACAGAGGUGUGUGGAUAUGAUAUAGCGAUGCCUAAUGCAGGUCCUCUGUUCAGAGUUCCAAUAACAGUUGUCAUACCAACAAGAGUAGAUGAAUCAUCAAGCUAUGACCUUGCAUAUACAGAUGUUCAUUUUAAACCUGGUCAAAUCCGAAGGCACUUCAUUGAUGUUCCCCAGGGAGCUACAUGGGCUGAAGUGACAGUAUGUUCAUGUUCAUCUGAUGUGACUGCAAAGUUUGUGCUUCAUGCUGUUCAGCUAGUGAAACAAAAAGCAUAUAGAAGUCAUGAGUUCUAUAAAUUUUCAUCCUUACCUGAAAAAGGAUCAGUGACUGAAGCAUUUCCUGUCUUAGCUGGAAAAACCAUUGAAUUUUGUGUUGCUCGGUGGUGGGCAAGCCUUAGCGAUGUUAGCAUUAAUUACACAAUUUCUUUUCAUGGUGUACUUUGUGCUACUCCACAGCUAAACAUGCAUGCUUCAGAAGGCAUUGUACGAUUUGAUGUUCAGUCCAUGUUGAAGUAUGAAGAUAUUGCUCCAUGCAUAAAUCUGAAAAGCUGGGUUCAAACUCUCAGACCAGUGAGUGCGAAAAUAAAACCUUUAGGAUCCAGGGAUAUUUUACCAAAUAAUCGUCAACUGUAUGAAAUGAUUUUGACCUAUAACUUCCAUCAGCCGAAGAGUGGAGAAGUAACUCCAAGCUGUCCACUUCUUUGUGAAUUGUUGUACGAAUCUGAAUUUGACAGUCAACUGUGGAUUAUUUUUGACCAGAACAAAAGACAGAUGGGUUCAGGAGAUGCCUAUCCGCACCAGUAUUCUGUGAAACUGGAAAAAGGAGACUAUACUAUUCGGUUACAAAUUCGCCAUGAACAGAACAGUGAACUGGAUCGCAUCAAGGACCUUCCAUUUAUUGUUUCUCACAGAUUGUCUAGUACCUUGAGCUUAGAUAUUUAUGAAAACCAUAGCCUUGCUCUCUUAGGGAAGAAGAAAUCCAACAGUUUGACAUUACCACCAAAACACAGUCAGCCAUUCUUUGUUACGUCUCUGCCUGAUGACAAAAUACCAAAAGGAGCAGGACCAGGAUGUUAUCUUGCAGGAGCUCUUACAUUGUCUAAAACAGAACUUGGAAAGAAAGCUGAUGUCCUUACAGUUCAUUAUCAUCUGAUACCAUCACCAUCAAAGAGUAAAAAUGGCAGCAAAGAAAAAGAAAGAGAACAGGAAAAAGAAAAAGAUGUAAAAGAAGAAUUUGCUGAAGCUUUACGAGAUCUAAAAAUACAAUGGAUGACCAAGUACGUCUGCUGUCAUUACUACACAACCUUGAAGCAGCUAUACAAAGAAACUGUAUGUUUAAUGCUAGGAUUAAAAACUCCAGAAUCUGUACUUUCAUGCUCUGUCCUUCUCUCUUCUAGGCUGGAUACCCCUGACAUGUACAAUGAGUUGAAAGAAGCCUUUCCUAAUCAUCUUCCUCUGUAUGUUGCAAGACUUCAUCAGCUGGAUUCUGAAAAGGAACGUAUGAAAAGACUUGAUGAAAUUGUUGAAGCUGCAAAUACUGUGAUCUCUCAUAUUGAUCAGACAGCGUUAGCAGUUUAUUUUGCCAUGAAGACUGAUCCCAGACCUGAUGCAACUACUAUAAAAAAUGAAAUGGAAAAACAGAAGAGUACUUUAGUGGACGCCCUUUGUCGAAAAGGAAGUGCACUGGCUGACCAGCUUCUUCAUCUGCAGGCCCAAGAUGGGGCUGCUUCCAGUGAUACUGAAGGCAAAGAUGAAGAUCACGAGAGCUGCUCAGAAGCCUUGACAGAGACAUUCUGGGAAACAACAAAAUGGACUGAUCUUUUUGACAGCAAGGUUUUAACUUUUGCCUAUAAGCAUGCAUUGGUAAACAAAAUGUAUGGCAGAGGUCUCAAGUUUGCAACAAAACUUGCAGAAGAAAAGCCAACGAAAGACAACUUGAAGAACUGCAUUCAGCUAAUGAAGUUACUUGGAUGGACUCAUUGUGCAACUUUCACUGAAAACUGGCUUCCUGUCAUGUAUCCACCUGAUUAUUGUGUAUUCUAGAAAAGUGACAAUUGUAAACCGAAAGCGAUUCUAUACGGGCAGGAUAUGAAAAGAUAAGUUUGACUUUCUAUUGGAACGCAUGUUUUCAUUGCUGAAUGCUGAUUAUUAAAUUGUGUGUAUUUAUCAGUAAAGGCACCUGGGUACAGCUUAAUACCUGUUAACCUAACUCCAGUCAUCAGGGAGUUUCCUUACUGUGCAUCCCAUUGCUGGCAAUGGAUGUGCCAGAACUGCCAACACGAAGGAUUUGGAAUUUGGAAUUAGGCUGAAAAAGCUUACUGCAUGCACAUUAGAUUCUUAACUGUUAAUUUUAACUGCAAACCUGUAAAAGCUCUGUAUUUUUUACAGUAAAAUGAAUUUUAACGUUUGAUCUUAAUUUCAUUUCCAAUUGUAUGAAGGCCUUAAAGCUACUUCAAGAGUAGCUAAAAACUUAUUUAUUAGACUAAAGUAAUGGGACAUCAUUACCUGUAUUGUUUGCAAGAGUUUACAUUUGUGGGUUUUUUGUUUGUUUGUUUUUUAAGAAAAAUUCAACCUCUCAAACUGUUACAACAUGUAACAGAAUUGCUGAUUCAUAGGUGCUCUUGUAAAUUUUCAUUUUGGAGUGAUGUCAGGCAAACUCAAAAAUCCACGUGAAGCUGAGUAUCAGGACAGGCUGAUACGUGUAUAAAAGUGCCAGACAGUUAAAUCUUAAUCAGGUAUUGUAAAGCUAUACAUAUAUGUUUAAUAAUGUUAAAAGUGUAAGACAACAGAAUAAAUGUGCAAGACUGAAGAUCAAAAAACACCAUGUGCACUCUGAUACUUUAAAAGAUUAUUUUAUAAUUAAUAAAAACAAAUAAUGAAGC